AUGGGCACAUGGAAUGCAACUGAUGUAGCUGACUUCAUUCUCAUGGGGCUGGUGGAUUCUGAAGAGACACAGCUGGUCCUCUUCCUGCUCUUCCUCCUAAUCUACCUGGUCACUGUACUUGGGAAUGCAGGGAUGAUACUGAUUAUUAGCCUGGAUCACCAGCUUCAAACCCCCAUGUACUUUUUCCUCACUCACCUGUCACUUCUUGACCUCAGCUACUCAAGUGUCAUCACACCUAGAACCUUACAGAACUUACUGACUUCCAGAAAACACAUCUCAUUCCUGGGCUGCUUCGCUCAGCUGUACUUUUUUAUAGUCUUUGCCACUGCUGAAUGCUAUCUUCUCUCCUCCAUGGCCUAUGACCGCUAUGUAGCUAUCUGUAGGCCUCUCCACUAUCCAGUCAUUAUGUCCACAAGACUGUGCCUUGCCCUCCUCACUAGCUCCUACGUUACUGGUUUUGUGGAGUCCACUAUUGUUGUGGUUUGCAUGAAUAGACUGUAUUUCUGCAACUCUCAUGUCAUCCAUCACUUUUUCUGUGACAUAUCUCCAAUUUUAGCUCUGUCUUGCAGUGACACAUAUGAGGUUGAAUUCAUUGUAUUCAUUUGUGCUGGAUGCAAUUUAAUAUUGUCCCUCAUCACUAUAUCUGGAUCUUAUGUUUCAAUUAUCUCCACUAUUCUGAAAAUUAAUUCCACUGCAGGAAAGAAAAAAGCCUUCUCUACUUGUGUCUCUCAUGUCCUGGGAGUCACCAUCUUCUACAGCACUUCAAUCUUUACCUAUUUAAAGCCAAAGGAGUCCUACUCCUUGGGAAAGGAUCAGGUGGCUUCUGUAUUUUACACUAUUGUGAUCCCCAUGCUGAAUCCUCUUAUCUACAGUCUCAGAAACAAAGAGGUGAAAAAUGCUAUUGUUACAAUUAUUCAGAAGAGAACGGGCUCCAGGCUAUUACAAUAA